AUGAGUAAGAACGCUUUCGGAGGAGAAUGUUUCUUAGCGGCGGCGGCGAUAGUGGGUUCGUCCAUACCGAAGGCCUCCAGGGCGCCCGAUGGUAAGUUCAGUUUGAGCGGCUUUUCUCCCGCGAUGUACAGAGUCUUGGUAGUAAGUAGCAAGGAGUUUGCCGGCCGGUCUACAGUCAGCGAGCGAGCGAUCUUGAACUCGGAGGAGGCGGCCUCGUAUCGGAGCAGGAACACGCGCCGACCGCACGCUACCGCUGCGCACGGACCUUCGAUGGAGUCGUUGUUGAUGCCCUUGAGUAGAUGCGGCGGCGCGGAGUCUGGCAGCGGCACGGGCGUGGCGGGCAGCGCGGCGCGCAGGUCGGGCGCGCGGCGCAGCGCCGAGCCCAGCGCCAGCAGCCCCGCCUGCAGCAGCACGCCGCCCCGCGCCAGCAGCGCGCGCCCGCCCGCCGCCAGCACGCCGCCCACGCCCGCCGCGCGCGCCCGCCAGCGACCCGCCCACUUCUAUCCGCACUGCGCCGCGCAGCGAGUACAGCCCGUCCUCGCAACCAAUAGCGACGGCGUUGGGCGCGACGUAGAGCGCGGCGUGCGGCGGCGCGGGCAGGGCGGCGAGGUGCAGCGGCGAGUAGCCGAGCGCGGCGGGCUGCGCCUGCGCGGCCUGCAGGCGCGCCAGCCACGCGCCGCGCUCCGCCAGGCUCGAGCACACCACCGCCACGCUGCCGCGCUCGCUCGACUCCAACUUCACCACAAAGGCCCGGUUGGCCUCGUUGUGCGGCAAGUUCUUGGGCUCGGUGGCCACGAGCCGGCCGCGCAGCUCCCUGCUGCCGCUGCACAGCACGAGCCACUCGUCCGCCACGCGCGCGCGCAUGCGCUCGCGGCUGCCGUCCGCCCAUACGAUCAGCAAUCCUUUAUCUUGAGAUCCAUCGGGUGA